UACGAAAGUAUAUCAUUCAGUUAAGUCGCUUUAUAAAUUAAUUAUAAUUAUCCCCAUAUCAUAUAUAACACGUUGUAAAGCGGCGAAUGUGCUACUCUUCCUGUUUCUGUUUCAGAUUAAUGAUGAAUCGUUCUUCAGUGUUCCAGGCUAACAUGGACCGAUGAGUGAACCGUUUGGAGUGAACCGAGGAUUCACCAAUGGAUCGAAAGGGCCAACUGUCAGUGGUGAGGAAACUCUUGGAAUCUGAGAGUCUCCAGGGAGCAUUGCACUGGGAUCCAUUCAAACUGGCUGCAGCUGGGAUGUUUGCUGCCGGGAUGCUGCAGCAAAGCAGCGGAGGACUGAACAAGCGAUCGCUGGGAAUGGCACGGCUUCCCAACUCCCACUUUUUCCCCCUCUCUUCGGGCUCAGGGUCGUGGGGUUUGGGCCGAUCGGCGAAGAGCGGCUCUCUGAGCUCCGUCAGCUCGGGGUCGGACAGCAUGGACAUGGCGGGCGCCGAUCCCGACUACAUCAUGCAGCUGGUCAACGAUGUGCGGAGGUUUGCAGAUGUGCUGCUCCACCUCAAGGAAGCUUUUAACACCAAAGAUCACCAGGACUGUCUGCACCAGGUGGUUCACGAGCGUCUGGGAGAGCUGUUGCGUGUAUUAAAAUCUGUGAUUUCCAAACAUCACUCCCUGAAUUCAGUGGAGAUCCUCAGCGCGGCCGGGACCCUCAUCGCUAAGGUCAAAGGUGUGAACUUCAAGGAAGUGAAUGAAGACAAUAAGCAGACACUAUUCUCCGAGAUCUACACUUCCAUAGAUACAUUGGCCUUCACAUUUGGCAAUGUAGUGUCUGACUUCCUUAUGGGAGAUGUAGAGAACGGCUCAGCCUCGGGGCUUCCUCAGGCCCGCAGGAGCAGGUCUUUUGAAAAUCUGACGGUGGAGUCUGGCGGAUGUGGACCGGAAAAAGAUGACCCUCCAGGUCCCUCUCCACCCGUGCGGGUGGAGGAGAUGGACGGAGCUUUGCUCCGCAGUGACAGCGGGGUGGAGUCAGCCCUGCUCUAUGCCAAAGCCUGGUCAAAAUACACCAAGGAACUCCUGACUUGGGUGGACAAACGGCUUAAUAUGGAUAUUGAGUGUGCAAAGAGCUACGCCAAGAUGGCUGAAUCUGCAAAGGCGCUGGCGUCUCAACAGGAGCACAUGCCAUUCCGGGAUAUUUACAUAUCUGCCUUCAAGAACGACAUUGAAUACAGCCAGUUGAUCAUGCAAACCACAGCUGCUCUACAGGCCAACAAAUUCAUGCAGCCUCUGCAAGCGCGAAAGAAUGAGCUGGAUAAGUUGAGGAAGGAGGUGAAGGAACAAUGGCAGAGAGAGCAGAAGAAAAUGCAUGAAGCAGACAGUGCGCUGAAGAAGGCACGGCUUCUGCAGGCACAGAGGCAGGAAGAGUAUGAGAAAGCCCGCUGCUUCACCAAUCGAGUGGAGGAGGAACAGAUCGGAUCGGCGGGAGGAAAACAGCUGGAGAAGAGACGCAAACUGGAGGAGGAGGCUCUGCAGAAGGCAGAGGAGGCCCAAGAACAUUAUAAGCAUUGCAUCACAGAUGUUGGGGUGAAGAGAGUGGACCUGGCCAACACCAAGAGCGAGAUUCUCACUCAGAUACGAGAGCUUGUGUUUCAGUGCGACCUGACCCUGAAAGCAGUGACAGUGAACUGGUUUCAGAUGCAGCAGGCACAGGUGGUUUCCCUGCCUGUGAAUUUCCAGACGCUAUGCGAGAACGCUAAACUGUACGAACCGGGUCUGUGUUACACUGAAUUUGUGAAGGGUCUUCCUUCUGACAGGACCAGGGUGGAAUCGUUCUCCUUUGACGUCUCUGGGACACAGAACACUGGGUUGCCCCUCUCAAAGCGAGUGAUGAAUAGCGGUCACUCAACCCAAGUUCACUUGUCCCAGGUGUCUCUCACACCUGGAGACUUCCUGAGCGCUGACGAGGUGGAGAGUCACGUUCAGGCACGCACCGGAAAGAUGACAGACGGACGCUCGAACAGCAGUACAGAUAUUCAAGCUCUGAGGAUCCAGGGUCCGUUCCGGGUCUGGAGGUCCAGCAGUCAGGGUGGCGGCAUGUGCAGUGACUCUGAGAGCGCUGGAGGAAGCAGUGAAUCUCGCUCUAUGGACUCCCCUACGGCAAGCCCAGGUGAUUUUAAGAGAAGGCUUCCCAGAACCCCAUCCACAGGCACCAUGUCUUCAGCAGAUGAUCUGGAUGAGAGAGAACCGCCAUCUCCUUCAGAUAAUGGUCUGAGCGAAAUGAUAACGGAGGCAGCCAGCUCGCCUGGACCCUUCCGCAACACGCAGAUGUCUAAAGCGGCGCAGACACACAAGCUGAGGAAGCUCCGUGCACCAUCGAAGUGCAGGGAGUGUGAGAGUCUUGUGGUGUUUCAUGGUGCUGAAUGCGAGGAGUGUUCUCUUGCUUGUCAUAAGAAGUGUUUGGAGACCCUUGCCAUCCAGUGUGGGCAUAAAAAGCUACAGGGAAAACUGCAUCUGUUUGCUAUCGACUUUGCUCAGGCAGCCAAGAACAGCCCUGAUGGAAUCCCCUUCAUCAUCAAAAAAUGCACCUCGGAGAUCGAAAACAGGGCUCUGAACAUCAAGGGAAUUUACCGUGUUAACGGUGCCAAAUCUCGGGUGGAGAAGCUUUGUCAGGCCUUCGAGAAUGGCAAAGACCUGGUGGAGCUUUCGGAUCUCUACCCGCACGAUAUCAGCAACGUCCUCAAACUCUACCUACGACAGCUCCCAGAGCCCCUGAUUCUUUUCCGAUACUAUAAUGACUUCAUCGGAUUGGCCAAAGAGAGUCAGAGUAUCAUUGUUGAUGAGGUAGAGGCGUCAAGAGGAAGUCCCACCUCCGACAGCCCGCAGAUCAGCGUAGAGCUCAACCGGGUCCUCUUCAAGAUUAAAGAUCUGCUGCGUCAGCUUCCUUUAGCCCACUACAAAACCCUACAGUUCCUUAUUCAGCACUUGCACAGGGUGACAGAAAGGGCAGAUGAGAACAAGAUGACUGCCAGUAAUCUAGGCAUCAUCUUUGGUCCCACACUGAUCAAGCCCCGACAGGCAGAUGCAGAGGUCUCCCUGUCCUCUCUGGUGGACUACCCCUACCAGGCUUUGAUCGUGGAGCUUUUGAUCCGCCAUUAUGAGAUGAUCUUCGACACUCCUCUGAGUCCUCUUCCACCUUCCUCACCUGUAGCAGAGAGCUCUCCACUCCCCAUCAAAUCACGCUUCACCCCACAGGAGAAGGAACAGCAGCUUAGCCGUCAUUCAAAGUCCCUGGUGGACAUUCAGGAGCAGCAACAGCCAAAAGCUAAGAUGUAUAAAAGACACUCCUCCGUAAUACCUUCGACACACCUGAUGGAUGAGGUGAAAGAGGGGAAGAUAAGGUCUGACAAAGACUUCGCUGCAGUUUGCGAUACAGUGGACAUCAACAAGCUCCUAUCAUCAAGCGUUCCUGAAAUGCGAAACUCUCCCGGUCUCAGCCGGCGUAACCAUGUCACUCGAGUUCAACUACGGCCUCCAAGACCCAAGCUGACCUCUCGACCAAUCAGCAUGCCGGCCGAGCGGCUCCUCAACCUCGCCAAGGUGGACGAAUGUAACGUGAAGAACGCCGUAGAGCAGGAUGACAACCACGGUCGAGAUCCCGUCAUCGAGGAGGUGUCCGAAGAGGAGAAGCCCAAGUCCAGAGCGGGAAACCAUUACAGGAAAUCUUACAUCGAUACGCAGACGCUACGGCGGACGUGGGACAAGCAAUAUAAGCAUCAUGAAAUCACUCCGAAGACCUUUGUGACUGUUGCUGAUUCCGGAACCAACGACGCCAACGUUCAUACUAAUUCUCUCACGUCUUCGUCUUUCUCAGAACACACCAAAACCCCCAACACCCUACUUUCUAACAGACCCUACACCAUUGCUGUGAGGCCUGGGCGAACUUUACGUAGAGAAGGAAAUGUUAGCGAAUACUGCCCCGUUCCCACAGCCUUCAGGCCCCCCAGAACUCUGCAGCCUCCUCCUGGAACGUUCUACAAACCUCCAGGUAGCCGAACCAAAUCAUUAACAGAGGUUGAGCUUAAGACUAUUAGAGCAACCGCAAACAGCACUGAGGAAGAAGAGGAGGAGGAUGACGACGACGAUGAGGAGGAAGGGUUUGGGGUGGAAGUUUCGGUUGAUGAGCCCGAGCCAGAUUUGGAUCCAGAACCAUCGCCAGAGCUGGAUGCCCACAAUACAGACCCACUUCCGCUCCCCCAAUCUCCCAGCUCUAGUCCAGAGGAGCUCGGACAAAACGAGACCAAACCCGUAUACCAGAGACUCAGAUCGCGCCGCAUGCAGGAUCUCGAACACAGGGAGGCUCAUUUUGUUUGAGUACGAUUCAGUGAAUGGGGAACAACCAGGAACGUCAUCCCAGGAAGACGGGAUGCGUAUUGGGUCCAGGGAGACUGUGUCUCAGACCUGUGAAUUUUAGCGACGCCCCCGUUUUGUAUAUGUGGAAAUAUGUUUCCAUAACUGUGAAGAGAUCCAAGGACGUGAUAUAUAUCUAUAUAUUAAUAUAUUUCGCAUCUGCUGUUUGUAAUAAUCAAACAAACCCCUUGGACAAGAAUUUACAUAGUAUGCACUUAAUGUUUUUUACUUUAUCACAUUACUUGUGCACCAAUGCAAGGUCAAAACAACCCGUUUUUGCAUUAUAACUCCAGAACGUCACUGUCGCUGUGCAAUUUCAUUUACACUGUAUAUGGAUUUUUUUUGUUUAAAAAAAAAUAUAAAUAUAUAUUCUGUGUAUUUCUGUAUUUUUAUGUUUUACUCCAAAACCAAAUUGACCAACCUGUUACAGUUGAGUAUCGUCACUUUAUUAUAAUCAUAAAAUGCACUUAUUAGACUUGGAACCACAUGUUUUUUUUUGCUACUGAAUUGUUGAACUACAUGCAGUGUUAAUUUUGUUAUUCAAGAACAACAGACAGAUGUACAAAGGUAUUUUUUAUUUUUGUCUUGUUUCUUUCUUUUUUUAUACAGAAAUGUUUAUAUUAUUGUUUUUAGUCUGUUAAUACAGUUUUCAGAAAUGCAUUUUGGCCCACAUAGCCUACUGUAUUCAGUGUUCAUAUAAUAUUGUAACAGUUUUCCCAAAGGUUUUUUAUUAUUAUUUUUAAUGGUUCAUAUCAACAACAACUGAAAUGUCAAUAUACCCAAAACAAGCAAGUCAAGCCAAAGCAAGUGCCUUCGUUUAUGAGAGUCCACUGACUGGUUGUCCAACACAAAUUAGCUGGUCUAAACCACAUUUUAGUCCAGUUUAAGACUCAACCAGUCUCUUUUGUAAAUGGCACUCAUGUAUCUGAUGUGAUGAUUGAAACUGAUACCUUUAAAAGCAUUUUUAAUGUCUUAUCUUUCUUCAAGUGUAAAAACAGGUACAUGUGAGAAUACACACUUGUAACUUAUUAAAACCACAGCUGAUGUCA